GCGCAUUGUCAGCUAAAGCUUUCGGUGGACAUUGAGCAUGCGUACCAUAUCUGAAGUUCGUAAAUUGAAAUUGAACAUGCGUAAUUAAUCUUUCUGAAUAGGAAAAAAUAUAUACACAACAAAAACUCUCCGUUUAUGGAACAUGCGCAUUCGUUCUCAGGUGUUUCGUGUUGAAAGUAAGCAUGCGCAUAGUGAGUAGGUUGGUCCGAAGUUUGAACGGGACAGAAGUGUUUGUCCGCAUCUGGCGGUUGUUUUUAGAGGUAAUACACCUAGUUUGUGGCUCAGCAUGUCAAUUGUAACAGUGCAACUUGGUCAGUGUGGCAAUCAGAUUGGUUUUGAAGUUUUUGAUGCUUUGCUUAGUGACUCACACAGUUCCCAGGGACUCUGCUGUAAGAGAGAGAAUGAGGCAUAUCAAGCAUCUUGCAAAGAGAGAUUCUUCAGUGAGGAGGAGAAUGGAGUUCCAAUUGCCCGGGCUGUUCUUGUUGACAUGGAACCCAAAGUUAUCAGUCAAACACUGUCAAAGGCUGCCCAGUCUGGCCGAUGGAAAUAUGGUCAGCAUGCAUGCUUCUGUCAAAAACAAGGUUCUGGAAACAACUGGGCAUAUGGUUACUCUGUUCAUGGACCCAGGCAUGAAGAAUCUAUAAUGAACCUAAUCCGGAAGGAAGUGGAGAAAUGUGACUCUUUCAGUGGUUUUUUCAUCAUAAUGAGUAUGGCUGGGGGCACAGGAUCAGGAAUAGGAGCUUUUGUUACACAGAAUUUACAAGAUCAGUACUCAAACUCAUUGAAAAUGAAUCAGAUUAUUUGGCCUUAUGGAACUGGUGAGGUUAUUGUUCAAAACUACAACUCCAUUUUGACACUUUCUCACUUGUACCGAUCUUCAGACGCCCUCCUUGUUCAUGAGAAUGAUGCCGUCCAUAAGAUCUGUGCAAAACUGAUGAAUAUCAAGCAGAUAUCCUUUAGUGAUAUCAAUCAAGUCCUCGCACAUCAGCUGGGAAGUGUGUUCCAGCCUACUUAUUCUGCAGAAAGCUCAUUUCACUACAGACGAAAUCCACUAGGAGACUUAAUGGAGCAUUUAGUUCCCCAUCCUGAAUUCAAGAUGCUGAGUAUUCGUAACGUGCCUCACAUGUCUGAGAAUUCAUUGGCAUACAGCACAUUUACUUGGGCUGGCCUGCUCAAGCAUUUGAGACAGAUGCUCAUUUCUAAUGCAAAGAUGGAGGAAGGUAUUGAUUGGCAUGUGCGGCCUUCUUUAUCAGGACCUUCUUCUCUUGGUAAAAUGUCUCUCAACAAGGACCUGCAUUUUAACACUUCCAUUGCUAACUUGGUCAUUCUUCGUGGGAAAGAUGUGCAAAGUGCAGAUGUGGGUAAGAAAUUCAGAGCCUACAUUCAUCAGUACACAAAAUUUGGAAUUGAAGAGGAGGACUUUUUAGACAGUUUCACGUCAUUAGAGCAGGUUGUUGCCAGUUACUGUAACCUCUGAUCUUGAACAAUGGGAAAAGUACCUUAGGGCAUUUUUGGACUAAAAUAUUUUCAAUACUAUUUUCUCUGUAAAGUUUUCAAAGUUC